AGAAGCGGUAGAGGCAGCAAGCAGUGGAGCAGCUCUCGCUAUCAUGAACAUCAGCUGCGAGUGAAAUGUGCGUGGAGCUGCGGUUCACUAACACUCACAUCCUUUCUGGCUGCAGUUUGUAAACUUGCCCGACGUCUUCAGCAUUGAGAUUAGAGUGUAAUGGUCUAAUGGAGCUGAACAGAGAUGAGGUCCCUGUUUUUGGUCAGGUGGAAGUGUGUGCAGUGCUGCAGGAUCAUCUGUCUGUUCAGGACAAUUCUGAGUAUUAUGUGUUAUUAAAAGGCUCUCGUAUCCAUCAUGUCACCACAGCCCAGAGGAAGGAAGAGAGCCGCUUAUUGAGCUUCACCAUACCUGGUCACAAUGUUGCGGAAAAGGUGUCUGUACAAUUGUACUGCUAUGACGAGAGCAGCAGCUUCAGUCAACCAAUCUUGGUGUCUGAAGAACUCUCAUUGGAGUACAAACGGGAUGCUGUACAGGAAGUGGCUGAUCUUCUCAUAUCUGACCUCGAUAACCUUACUUCCAGCACGCAUUUGGACAUCCAGAGGAAAUUUUGCCUUGAAGAGAAUAACCAGCCAGAGCAGACUAGUUCUGAUGUAAAUAAACAGCAUGGGACCUCAAGUCUAGAUAAAGAAUGUUUUGAAUUUAGCCAAAGACUAGAUACACUUAAAAAAAAAACAGGGAGCCACAAUCCAGAAGAACCUCCUGAAUGCUGGGUGCCUGAUCCUGGUGAAGGAUGUAUCAUAAAGACGUGCAGUGACGUUGAUGUGAAAAUCACACAGGCGGUUUCAAACAUGUACUCUCUCCUGGAGUGGACCAGCCAAAAGUCACAGAAACCACAAGCUCUUCACCACACUGAGACACCUCUGCACAUAGCUGUGCGUUUGGGUCUGUAUCACCUCACCCUCUUUUACCUUCAUCAAUCUGGAGGUCAGGAAAUGGCAACACUGCCCAAUGAGGAAGGACACACUCCUACUGAACUGGCGCAGAGGAGAGGCCAUGCAGAAACCAUAAGUGCAUUAGCUAACAUUUCAGCAUGUAGCGAGGAGAGUCCAGUGUGGAUGUCAGAAAUCUGGGCUGAUGAAUCGUACCUUCUCAGGCUGUGCCCGCUAACCAGUUCCCUCGCCCUGACAGUCGAACACAAAAUUCAUUUUGAUCCACAGAGGAGUAUCCAGCUCUAUAGAGAAAAACAGGGAUAUCUGGAAAGCCAUGUGCAGGAGGUUGCGCUCACUGAGGUGGAACAGAGAAUCAGACUGAACCAGACAGAUGACACAAGUGGAGGUCUCACCAGCCCGACAAACAUAGAGGAUUGCGUUCUGCUGGACAGCGUUUUUGAAGAACAGCUUGUCCUUUCUCUUAAUGAAGACAAAGACAAUCCCACCAUAGAUAAUUCAGAGAAGUCGUGCUCUCCUUCAGGUUCCAGCUCUCCAUUCCAGGGUCAGUCUACAGACAUCACUGCUGCCAGACUCACAGCCAUGAUCAACCGCACUGGAAAGAAUGAUGAACUGCACAGGAAGUACAACAUUGCUGCAGUGACCAAUGACAGCUCCGCCACUGACUCAUCACCUGCUGUCAGAAUUGAAAGGAUGAAAGUGCAGCGUCCAUUUUCUCGUCCUUUCUCUCCAUCCCUCGCUCAUUUCUCCCCCACUUCUUCAGCAGGACUGGUCUUGGACCGGUUUCUCCGUAGUAGCUGUCACAAUGAACAUGACAAUCACAGUGCAAGCUCACCUUCGGAAUCAUAUGAAAUUAGCCCAAAUCUUGUGGCCUUGGAAAUGGACAGUGAAGAGGAGGAUGAUGACAUGCUGAUGAAGAAGCCUCUCCCUCAGAUAUCAUCUGAAAUUAAGGACAAUGGAGACAAACAGGACAGCUUUAAUCCAUCCUCAGACCUCAGCUGCACUAGCUCUCACUCUGCUUCCUCUAACCAUGCCUCCCCAAAGGACUUUGGGAGUGCAGAUCAGGGUGUGCGUCACCGUUCAUAUUCUUAUUCAUCACCCAAACUCAGCCUGCUGUCUCCCCGGUCCAACCGAGACACUCCUCGUCCACCUGUUGACCUCAGCCAUGAUGGCGUCCUCUCCAGCAACAGCAGUGGCAGCAGAUCUCUCCUACAGGCUCUGUCUCUGUCUAAAUCUCUGUCUCUGCUCAAUCCUGUUAAACAGCGGGCACUGAGCUUAACCGAACAGACACAAGAGAAAAGGCAGUUAAGGUUCCGUAGACGCACUCAGUCAGCUGAUGACGAGUCCGGUGUCGAGCUGGCUGAUUCACUCCAACACCUCACGCUCUCCGAAUUCCUCAAAGAAAUCGAAGAGGAGGGAUGGGAUAAAUACAUUAUUCCUUCCAAGACAGAGCCUGAAAAAUACAAAGUCAGCCGCACCUUCAGUUUCAUUAAAAGCCGAAUGUACAGUACACGGAGCAAGAAGGGAAAGGCGAAGGAGAAGGAAGUGAAAGAAAAACAGGCUAACGGACACCUGUUUGCAGCAGGUUCUGUUCUGGGGACUUCGGUUUGUGAGGUGUGUGACAAACCUGUCAGUGGGAAGGAAACUCUGCACUGUACCAAUUGUGCCAUGUGCAUCCAUAAGGGUUGUAAAGAUUCUGCAGCACAGUGCCUCAAGAAAGUGCAGGACAAAUACACAGUUUCUGUGAAGAAGGCCCGAGCAGCUACCCUGCCUCAAAACUUUGUAUUGCGCGAAAGCGUCUCGUCUUCUCAGAUUUCCACUUCAUCCUCCCUUCCAGUAAUGACUCCACGGGACAGGAGAGACGCUGCAACCCUGCCAGCUAUGCUAUCCAGGAGUGUCCCAUUAGUCCCAGAGUGGCUUGCAGAGAGCCCAGAUGGAGAUAAUGACUCUUCAUCUUGGAGAUCCCAUGGUCAGGCAGAGGAGUUUCUGCAGAAUGUGGAAUCUUCCACUUCCACCGAGUCCUCCCUUGUCGAAGACACUGUUGACGCCCCUCUACAGAACAGUUUUGGGACAGACGCUCUGUAUCUAGAGGCAGAGUCAUGGAGUCUAGCUGUGGAACCCGAGUUCUGCCAGAAGCAGGAAAAACGCACAAUCAAGAGACAGGAUGUCAUCUACGAACUAAUGCAUACAGAGCUCCAUCACGUGCAAACGCUGACCAUCAUGGCGGAGGUGUUUAGACGAGGCAUGCGUGAGGAACUGGGCUUGGAUGCAGACAGUAUCGGUCGGAUAUUCCCGUGCCUGGAUGAGCUCCUCGUCCUGCACCGGGACUUCCUUUCUGCCAUGAUGGAGCGCCGGAAUAACUCCUCUCAGCCUGACAAUGAAAAAAACUACCUCAUUCACAAUGUGGGUGAUAUCCUCCUGCAGCAGUUCUCUCAGGACAAUGCUGAGAACAUGAAGCGGGUCUAUGGAGAGUUCUGCAGCCACCACAAUGAAGCCGUCAGCUUCUUCAAGGAGCUUCAGCAGCAGAACAAAAGAUUUCAACUCUUUAUUAAGCAACAGAGCAGCAACUCGCUUGUAAAGAGACGUGAGAUCCCAGAAUGCAUUUUGUUAGUGACGCAGCGAAUCACAAAGUAUCCAGUACUUUUAGAGAGGCUACUGCAGUACACAGAAGAGGGUACACAGGAGCAUGCCGAUAUCUCUGGCGCCCUGUCUCUGGUGCGAGAGUUUAUUUCAGCGGUGGAUGUGCGGGUGAGUGAGAGAGAGCAGAGUCAAUGGCUAAGCGAUGUGCUUGGCCGCAUGGAAAGCAAAUGCUUAGCCAGACUGAAGAGCGGUGCUGCCUUUCGUAAGCACGACAUGACCAAUGGCCGAACGCUGCUUCAUCAUGGCCCGCUUCUUUGGAAGACCGCCACCGGCAGACUCAAAGAUGUGCUGGCUCUCCUGCUGACUGAUCUGCUGGUUUUCCUCCAGGAGAAGGACCAAAAAUACGUCUUUGCUGCUGUUGACCAGAAAUGUCCAGUGAUCUCCCUGCAAAAGUUGAUAGUGAGGGAGGUGGCUAAUGAAGAGAGGGGCAUGUUCCUAAUUAGUGCCUCUUCCAGUGGCCCUGAGAUGUACGAGGUGCAUGCAGCAACCAAAGAUGAACGCAACGCCUGGAUGAGGCUUAUCCGAGAAGCAGUGGUCAUUUGCCAUGAGAAGGAGGAGGACACUACAAGUGAGUCAGAAGAAGAGCGGAGAGCAACAGAGGCCAUGAACCAAAAAAUUCAGAAGCUACAAGAGUCUCUUUGCGGUCAUGACCAGCUAAUCUGCCUCAGCCUGGAGGAGAAGCUCCACAUCUACGCUGAGCUCGCAGCCCUGGUGGGACACAGAGACAUCAGCCCAGAACCAAAAUUGCUGGUGUGUCCAAACACUGAAGAGCUCCCUAAUGCUGCUGUUCUGCUCAACGCUGCGCUUAAAGAGGUGGAGAGUCUAAAAGAAGCACUGUCGUUUUAUUGCAACUCCCCCUCCCAUGGUGCGUCUGAGGAACAGAACCCAUUGGACUCCACCACUCGGCUAGAGGCACCUCCUCCUGCUCCCUCUCCUCCUCCAGUGCCUGCUGAAGAAGAACCACAAGUGGUGGAUGCUGUAAGAAGUGAGGAAGAGGAGUUGAAUAGUCUCGAACUCCAGCUUCAGAAUCAGAACAGUGGAACUGACAGUUGGAACAUGCACCUUAAGGUGUCUCAGAGCAUCCAGAGUUUGACUCAGUUGCUUUAUAGUUUGCAGGCUGUGGUCACCAUCCAGGAUAGUCGCUAUGAAGUUCGUCGUCUCCUUCUCCUCCUCCUCUCGAAUUCUGCACACCAGCGGCUCUCCCAGGGUUCCCUGCAGGAGCAGGAACGACAGCGUGAGGCAGAGCGACGGCGACAGGAGCUGGCACGGGUGGCACGGGACCGGCAGCUGUGGGCUCGUGAGUGCCAGGCGCAGCAGCAGCGUUACGAAGAGCGGGAAAGCAGGUUGGCAGAUCGGGAGCAGCAAUGCCAUGAGGAGGCCCAGAGACUGCAGCGCCAGCGUGAGGAGCUGGAAGAGCAGCAGCAAGAGUAUCAGCAGAGCUUGGAAAGGCUGAGGGAAGGCCAGAGGAGUGUGGAGAGAGAGAGGGAAAAGCUGGAAUUGCAGCAGAAAAUGGUGGAACGAUGGAAGCAUGAACGCCAACGCAGCCUGCCUGUGACGAGUAUGGAGGGUCAACAAGGGUCAGGAGAUGGAACCAAAAGCUUCCAUCAUGGUCAUAACAGUGGCUUGGAUGAGGAUGGGUCCAUUUUUGUAAACGAAGCAGCUUUUCUGGAUUCAUCUAUGAACAAUCGACAUCUUCAUCACUACCAGCAUCAUUAUGAGUAUAACACACACCUGCAUUCCGGCUAUGCAAAUUUCCCCAGUGCCCAGAACAGUCUGAAUUCUCUGCUGGCUUUGUCCAAUCAUACACACCCUGCCAUCGGCAUGCAAGAUGAGCUGUGGACCGAAGACGUUAGUCCAGCAAUCCAUCCUGCCAGGACAGCAGGGGCAGUGGGGCCAGGGAUGCAUGAAGGUGAAGCCCUCUUGAUGCCACAGGCUUAUGUUGCCAUGGAAACCGAGAACCAAGAUCCUGAUGGAGAGGAGAAAAUUGUGUAUCUCUAAAUACUUUUUGUUUAGUGUGCAGACCUAUGUUAACCCAAACAAUAGAAACCGUUAAAGAGCAGAAGUAGGGAUGGUUACUCACAAUGGUUUUGAUUCAUGUUUUGUUGCUGCCUUUCAGCUACCAAUUGUUUGACAUUUGCACUAUUUCAAUACUCAUAAAAGUGUUCACACUUAAUUCUAGAUCAAAAGGCAGUUGGGACUGUUUGGUGUAUAAUCAUAAGAAACUCGUAACAAUGUUUCAAACUUGCUUAGUUUUUCUUUGGACGAGCUGUAACAAAACCCCUUUCACCGUUCAUUAUGUUUAGCAACAUAAGAAUCAUAUUUUUCCUAAAAAUCUUCUCACAUUGACAUUUUUUGUUCCGGUCCAGUUUAGAGAUGGACCAUUUCAAACCUGUUUCACUGCCCCAUGACCAAUAGGCAACUCCAGACUGCCAGGGAUAGAGUCGAUACACAUAACUGUUUAAAUUUUAUUUCACACAAAAUAUUCUUAGUUUAUUUUGAUAAAAGGUGAAGAUGCCACAUCAGCAUGUCUUACAAACAGGAGAAUCGAGACAAGAGAUUAUAAUGUUAGAUGGAAGGAAGACGGUGGAUCUUCUAAUGUUUCAGUACUAAUGGCACUUUUAGAACUGUCAGAUUAUUCCAGAUUCACAUGAUUAUGGAGAGUGCUAACUCGUACUCAACAGCAUACUGUUAUUGUCAGGCCUAAGACUCUCAUUCUCAUAAUUUUCAGAUUUGUUUUCUCUGACCUUUAAAUAUGUCCUGGUAUUUGCUAAAUGCUUUAAAAUGAAUGAAUAACAAUUUGGAGUUUUAAACCAUUAAAAAUCAUAACUCAUAAUUCGAAAUUUCCCAGACUUUGUCCCCCUGUGGUGUGUGUGCGUGUUGCGUGUGUGCGUGUGUGUGUGCGUGUGUGCGUGUGUGUGAGACAGAGAUAUAAGUGUCCUAUCGCCUACUCGGUUUUGACUACUCAACUUGCUUAUCUCUCUCUUACACACACACACACACACACACACACACACACACACACACACACACACACACACACACACACACACCCACCCACACCCCCCACUCAUUCUGUACUAGCCGAGGCUUACUUACCAAAGCUGCCUAUUUUAGAACUAGACACUCUUUAUUAACUUGUGGAUAUGAAGUCCUGCUGUAUAAAAGCAUUCUAGUCCUGUUUCUCAGAAACCUAUGUCAAUAUUCUAAAUAAAAGAAAAUUGUUCUGUGAAUAAUUUGAUGUAUUGACAUGUAAUGUAGCCACGCUUUGUGACAGUUACUAGAUUUCAUAAUAUAAUAGUAUGAUUUGAGAUUCAGCCUCCACGCCCAUAUAUCUAAUAUUCUGUAAUGCUGUAAUCAUGUAACAAAUCCAAGACAUUUACAUCCAGUUGUAAUGGAACAAAUCUCUGGGUAAUGCUCAGAGCUCAAGUACUUUGAGUGGAAGUUUUAGGGGUAACUGAGACCAACAAAUUCAGCAUUAAUUCAUAAUAUGUUGGGAUUAAAAUGGCUUUUAACAAAUGUAGUACUGUGGUACAUGGUUACAUGACAAACCAUAAAGCUCCAUAAUUCACUUUUCCCCCCUGUAGAUUUAUUUGCUUAAAUCUUUUUGGAUUUGCUUAAAUUGAUUUCUAAAAUAUUAAUGCACCUAAAAACAAAUGCACUGGGAAA